ACGUGAUGCAUCGCUCGCGAUAAAUUUGAUGGAAGCUGCAAUCAACUUCCUUCGUUUCGAGAGCGCAACACGCUGGAUUAUCAUUCGUCCGCAUCUGACAGCAGCCUCCCUGAUAAGAGCCCCCAGCAUCUUCCCGACGUGAGUAAACCUCGAAGCAUGGAGGACGGGGACUCGGAGACGCCGUCACCUUUGACAAGCGAAGUCCUCCUGCGCUUCCCGACAUAGUUGUUAGCAUCGGCAUGAAGAAGAUUGCGCUGGGCGGCGGACUUCGAACAGGUGGUCGGGUCACCGACGCGAGCCGCGUCGUCAAGUACACGCCGUGCACACGACAGGACAUCCAGCCCGACGAUGACAACCUGGAUGAGAUCGCGGUCGUCAGCAACGCCGCGCCCGAGAACGUCAAGUACGGUGCUGGGGGAUCCCUCACCGCCAACGGCCCUAGGGUUGUACCGGGGAUUAUCACCUCCGCUGGCGGGGAGAGACUGGACCGCAGGUCCGCAUCCAGCACGCGGAUCCACACGUCGUCGCCCAUGUACUCGACGCGGUCUUCCGAGAACCUCAAGUCCGCCUCCAGGCAGUCGCUACUGGAAACGGUCGCGGGGAAGCUCCAUCCCCAUCACCGUGGUUCCACAGACACAGCGGCGAGCGUCAGGGCGCGCUCAAGUCUCGCGUACAUCAACAGGGCCCACAUUAGCUCCGACCUGGAGAUCCCAAAGAAAACGCGAGAACUACGCCGCAAGGAAAUCAAAAAGGAGUUUGAAAAGUGGGAGACGUCCACAUCGGCGUCCGACCGUUCGCGCUGCAAAUGGACGUUCGUCUUCGACCCUUCUGGACGUCUCUGUUACUACUGGUCAAUGGUGGUGAGUGUAGCUUUCCUCUACAACUUCUGGGUCAUCAUCUACAGGUUCUCCUUCAGAGAGAUCAGUGAGUCCAGCAUCUACAUGUGGUUCGCCCUCGAUUACCUAGCCGACCUAAUCUACAUACUAGAUAUUCUCUUCCAUUUUCGGACGGGUUACCUCGAGGAAGGUGUGUUACAGACCGACUCGGAGAAACUACGCGCGCACUACAUGAAUUCCACCAUGUUCUACAUCGACGCGCUGUGCUUGUUACCUCUAGAUUUUCUCUACCUUUCAAUCGGUUUUAACUCCAUCUUGCGGUGUUUUCGGCUCGUCAAAAUCUACAGGUUCUGGGCUUUCCUAGAUCGAACAGAACGGCACACAAACUACCCCAACGUUUUUCGUGCCGUCAACCUGACCCAUUAUGUGCUGGUGAUCUUCCACUGGAAUGCGUGCCUGUCGCACAUCAUUUCUACGACGGAUGGCUUUGGCUCCAUCGGAUGGUUCCGGAGCAGCGCUUGUGACAACACAGAUGUUCUGUGCGAAUACCUGCAUGCUUUCUAUUGGAGCACUCUAGCACUAACCACCAUAGGAGAUUUGCCCCGGCCCCGUACCAAGGGGGAGUAUCUGUUCCUCGUCGUGCAAAUUGUGCUCGGCUUGUUCCUGUUUGCCGCCGUUUUAGGACACGUAGCCAACAUCGUCACCAACGUCAGCGCAGCUAGAAAAGAGUUUCAAGCCAAGCUGGAUGCGGUGAAGACGUACAUGCGAAUGCGACACGUGCCAGAACACCUGCAGAACAAAGUGAUCAAGUGGUUCGACUACCUGUGGCUAACGCAGAAGUCAUCGGACGAAGAGCGUUCCGUGGGCUGUCUACCGGAUAAGCUCAAGGCAGAGAUCGCCAUCCAUGUCCAUCUGGACACGCUCAAGAGAGUGGAGAUCUUCCAGAACACAGAGGCUGGUUUCCUCUGCGAACUUGUCCUCCGCCUCAGGCCGGUGCUGUUCAGCCCAGGAGACUACAUCUGCAGGAAAGGAGAAGUUGGUAAAGAGAUGUACAUCGUCAACCGAGGCCGCCUACAAGUGGUCACAGACAACGGCAAGACCGUGCUGGCCACACUGCGUGCCGGCUCCUACUUCGGCGAGAUCUCCAUCCUAAACAUGGGCACGGCGGGCAACCGCCGCACUGCGUCGGUCCGCUCCGUCGGCUACUCGGACCUCUUCUGCCUCUACAAGCAGGACAUGUGGGACGUGCUCAAGGACUACCCAGCCGCCCGCGUACGGCUAGAGGCCAUCGCAGUCAAGCGACUGGAGAAGUACAAACGGGACCCCAUGCGCAAAAGUAGGUUGUUCUUCCCCUGCGGCGUUCGGCCCAUCUCCCCGUUCGGCUCCGAGGCUGGCCUGCUAGGCGCCUCAGCCACCGGCGAAGAUGACCUCGCCCGAGUUGCGCUGGGUCGCAGCCGUAGCACCCCGGGACUCGUGGAGUCCCGAGGCAAGAUGGCCCUGGAGGAAAUGAAUGUACCUCCUCAGAAAGAGGCCUCUUCCUCUGCGGCGACUCUACUCACAUCGUCGGACAACCAGCCCACAUCACUACUGCACCACCAUCUCCAUUCACCUCAUACCUCAGAGACCCAGCAUGCUGCACCACCCAGUAGCGCACCGUCCCUACAGCAAGCAUCGUUCGCACACCCGGUGCAAACCACAAGCGUCCACAUGAACCCGUUCCCCAACAUGGAUCACCGACGCUGCUUCCCGCCGACGAUCACCUCGGUGGGAGCUCCCUUCUACUCGCACCCGGAGCCAUCUGUCCCGAUGGAGUACCCCGUAAGUCCACCAGGCAGCGAGAACUACCUGGGAUCCUCGCCGGCGUCCACAACGCACCUACUCGUGCCAAGCCCACUCCUCGGCGUCUCUUCCGCCGGUCCCAGCCCUCUAGGAGCCCACACACCGACUCGAGAAGCGUCCCAAGAAGCCCUGCUUGCUGAGAUCAAGCGACUCCGAGAGCGGCUCGUUACCCUGGAAACGGAGAACGCCACCAUGAGCGUCAAGUUGAGCCAGCAACAAUGGGAGGUGGAGAGCAGGCUAGCGGAGAUCGAACUGCAGAUAUGUGGCAACACUGGCAGCCCCGUUAGUAUCUCCAGUGAUGAGUUCGAAAGGAAUAAGGAGUCGAUUAUAUGACAGGAUGACGAAACGGUUCUGUGAAAAAAAGUGCUUCCUGCUGUUGGUGCUCUUCUCAUGGUGGUGUGAAGCGACGGGGAACUCGUCCGUGUGACAGUGACGUAGCUGUUUGUGAAGUUUAAAGCGCUGUCACGUACAGAGGCGUUCCGAUAUCGACGACCAAAGCUACAGGCAAAGUCAGCUUGCUAGUCUUAGACAGCCAAAAGAAACUAAAAGCGAAACAAACCGAUCACGCUCGAAAGGAACAAUGAAGUGACAUUUACCAUUCUGCUUAGCGAAUCUAUCAAUGGCCCCGUACAAAGCAUUUUUGCUGAAAAGUGUCUAGUCAGUGCGCAAUUAAAUCAACGAGAACGCCCCGAAAAUGGUAGCGAUGUCCAGGCGUGACAUAGCAUCACCGUAGCGAGCAGCCGCGAUAUCUCAAUUCGCACUUAAAAUUCGUUUGCUCCGGACACCAGGCGGCGCCACUUGCGGCGGAAUCUCUCUACGUCACGGAGUGACAUCAGCGUCACUCAUUCGCUUACGGGCUCUCUCUAAAGGAGGGGAGAGGUUUGUAGAGGGCGUGCGGAUCAACGAUCUCUCUCGCGCAAUGUAGGUCAACUGGCCAUGUUAUUUGCUGCACAAUACGCUGCUGAAAAAAAAAAACGAAAAAAUGCAUGGGGGUGCCUUCGCUGCUCGUUUGAACAACAGACAGACGGCAGAACGGCAGACAGAGUACAUAUUACGACUGCGUAGUCGAUCGGGAAACGUUACACCGAGCAAUAGGCUUAGCCAGUGGUGACUUGGCAUACGGUUAUGGAACCGCACGAGAUGCCUGCGGAAUUCCGGCUAAAGAAAUGUUACGAAGGCUGCAAAUUAUGAAGCGCAUAUAGCGCAUAAGCGCUCAAGCUGGCUAUAUUCCUGUUUCUUGCACGUGCCGUUGGCAACCGGACCUCAGCUUGGCUUGAACAUGUAAUACCCUCGUCACAGGGACAGUCUUCACUCAUGAUUAAAGCCUACGGCCUUACGCCCUUCGGCUUACGCGCUUCGUGGCGCUGCGCACAUGGUCAAUGGCAUUUGGUUUCAAUGGUCGUUGAAGACUGCCCCUGUGGCAAGGGUAUCAGUCAUCUUAAUACUAUGUACAGGGUGUGUGCAGAUAAACACCAGUGGCAUUUGCACACGUUACUCGUUAUCUACCUGCUAGACAAGCUUCCA